UUUUCGCCGCGCGCUCGCGUGAGGUAUCGCCCGCUGCUCGUGCUCGGCGUGAGGCGCAAGAUGCAGAACGACGCCGGCGAGUUCGUGGACCUCUACGUGCCGCGCAAAUGCUCUGCCAGCAACCGAAUAAUUGGUGCCAAGGAUCAUGCUUCUAUUCAGAUAAAUAUUUCUGAGGUAAGUUUUCUAAUGGAAAUAGCUGUUGAGAAAGCUGUUGCUUCAACUUUG